CCUCCCUAGUCAGUGGUGUGGCCACUGCAGGAAGAAGAAGAAGAAGCAGAAAGAGGAGGAGGAGAAGCUUCUUCUCGCUGUGGACGAUUCAGUUUCCUCUUUACCCUGUUAUAUAAUUGCUCUGGUUCCCUCUCGGCUUCUUUCUCCCUUUGGUCGACGACGAGCCGUUCUCAGCGGAAUGGCCGAACCCGGCGCCAGAUACCAGCAGCUUCCCAAUGAGGAGGAGCCAGAGGAGAGUCCACAGGUAGCUGCUGACGCUCCUCCCCCGUACAGCAGCAUCACCGAGGACAAUGCUGCCUUCUUUGACUGCAAGGAAGACGGUGCUUUCCCCAAGCCUCCAUCAUACAAUGUAGCCACUACGCUACCCUCCUACGAUGAAGCAGAAAGAACCAAAGCUGAGACGGCUGUUCCACUGGUAACCGGAAGACAGCCUCCGCGCAGGCAACGCCUGGAGUCUUUUGACGAAGUAAUUCGCAGUACACUGGAGAAUGAAGACUUUGUGAACAGAGACGACUUCGAAGAUGCCGAUCAGCUGAGAAUAGGAAAUGACGGCAUCUUCAUGCUCACUUUCUUCAUGGCAUUCCUCUUCAACUGGAUCGGUUUCUUCCUGUCUUUCUGUCUGACCACGUCCGCAGCCGGCCGCUACGGAGCCAUCUCAGGCUUUGGCCUCUCUCUCAUCAAAUGGAUCCUCAUCGUCCGGUUCUCCACAUACUUCCCCGGUUACUUUGAUGGACAGUACUGGCUGUGGUGGGUGUUCCUGGUGUUGGGAUUUUUGCUCUUCCUGCGUGGAUUCAUCAACUAUGCCAGAAUCCGCAAGAUGGCCGACACCUUCGCCACCCUGCCACGCACCCGAGUCCUCUUCAUCUACUAAUCCCACAAUCCUACCCCUUUCACUGAGGCCCACUGUCUGGCUCAAUACAAUCAAAACAGUAGAAAGGAAUCUUUUUUUUCCUCUGCUUGACAUAAUUUGGACAAAAUGUCCCCUUUUGGUGUAAAUUAGUGAACGCUGAGAAAUCUGUAAAACCCAUCAGUUGUUAGUGGUGAACUGUUAAGUGCUAUUUGCAGUUUUGAAGUAUGUAAUGUAUAAAUUUAAUGCCUUAUUUACUAUUUUACCAUCUGUUGGUGGUAGCAGCUGCAUGCACUGUCUACCCGUUUAACCACCAGGGGGCAGGCUUGUUUGUAUUAUCUUUUCUACUGGUCUUCAACCUCAUGAAGUAAUUUGUUCAGAGGGGCCAGUGGGCAAUUUUGAAGUUAUGGGUUGAUUUACACAAUCUGAAAUAAUAUAUUUCAAGUAUCAGUAUGUUGUGUUUUUACAUUCCUGCCCAAUACUUAUUGUGUGUGAAAUAGAAAAAGAUUCAGGUAAUAAAAGCUGGAAAAGGGAUAAUAUUGGUUGUUUUGGGGUUCAGGAGCUAAUCUAGUUGAGGGCCAAGAUCAGGGGGUCGAGUUUCCCCUAAAGCAUCGUUUCCUUGUGUAUUUAUGCUUCGUCUAUGCACUCACUGUAACCAGGAAUCAUUAUUUACCUAACAAGUUAUUUCAUCUGAAGCAUAAAGGUGCAGUGUGGUCACUGCCUUGCUCUAUGGAUGGAAUUAGCUGAUAGUCUGUGACAGGUUUCACAUGUGCAAUUACGUAGUUUUCGUUAAAAAACAAAUGAUUCCAAAUCUUUAUCUUAUUGGCACCCCACUGGUUUCCAAUGUGGAAAAUAAUAAUGUAUCACUAGAUGUGAAUUGGAUCUCUGGCCUGUUCAGAACAAAGUAUACAAAUUAAUUUAGAGCAGAGAGCUUUAUUUUUAUUUUACGUAGCAGUGAAAUAUUCAGAGUCGUUAUUUUUAUGUUAACCCUCGUUCUAGUUUUUAUUGCGAGAAUUGUACGUGUCUGGCUUGAAACAUGUUUGGAAUUAAACUGGAAAAGUACA